CCGCCGGACGCCGGAGCCCGACUACAAGUCCCAGGGAGCCGGCGGGGAGGGGGCGAGGGCCUCCCUCGGGGCGGACGGGCUGAGCGGCACCAGUUCCCGGCUGGGACGCCGCCGCUCUGCCCGGCCGUGCCGAGAAGUCCGCGUCGGACGAGCGGAAAACCCCAGGGCCCGGCCGCGUCGGGAGCCGGCCGCGCCUCCGGACGCCCCAGAUUCCCGUUGUUGUUGUUUAUAGUCAGUGCACGAAAUUCCUCCCCAGCGCCUCCUCCCUCCCGCCCCACCUGCUCCUCGGCCUCCCGGCCCCGCCACUAGGGAGCCUGCGCCCUCAGAGCCCGGUGUCGGAGCGGGUGCCGGAGCGCGCAUUCGGCCGCCAUGGGGAAUGGGAUGAACAAGCAUUACGGAUUCAUUUCAUAUUGAAGGAACAGAUGCUUACGGCAUAUCCUGCCUGGCCUGUAUAUUGGCAACUUCAAAGCUUAUCUGUCUCAAAGUGUUCUGUGGUCACAGAGGUGAGUAGAAACCCAAGGAGCCAAGUGGAUGGCAAACAGACUUUUGAUUUCCAAGGAGGUACCCAUGCUAUGUGACACUGAGUGAAUUUAGUGAAAACUGGUUCCUGAGCAUGGAGACAGGGUGUGCUCAAUAGGAGAGAAUACACAGAGGAAACCUGCAGAAACCAGCCAAGCCAGCCUUGUUGGGCUGAGAGCCAACUUUCAUCAUGGGAUCUGAGACUCCACCCUCCUCGAGCAGGCCAGCACACAUUGCUGUCAGUUUCUGGUUGUUGCUUAAAUUCAUGCCAGAGAUGCAGAACAGUUGAGCAGGAACAAGGUGACCCACAUCCUAUCUGUCCAUGAUAGUGCCAGACCCAUGUUAGAGGGGGUUAAAUACCUGUGCAUUCCAGCAGCGGAUUCACCAUCUCAAAACCUGACAAGACAUUUCAAAGAAAGUAUUAAAUUCAUUCACGAGUGCCGGCUCCGGGGAGAGGGCUGUCUUGUCCACUGCCUGGCCGGUGUCUCCAGGAGUGUGACUCUGGUGAUCGCGUACAUCAUGACCGUCACUGACUUUGGCUGGGAAGAUGCCCUGCACACUGUGCGUGCAGGCAGGUCCUGUGCCAACCCCAACCUGGGCUUCCAGAGACAGCUCCAGGAAUUUGAGAAGCAUGAAGUCCAUGAGUACCGGCAGUGGCUGAAGGAGGAGUAUGGAGAGAGCCCUUUGAGGGACGCAGAAGAAGCCAGGAACAUUCUGGGUAAAUAUAAAGAGCAGGGGCGCAUGGAGGCCCCGCCCGGCGCCUGGAGGGAGAGCAGCUUUCAGGCCCUGCCUCCUCUGGCCUACAGCAAGUACCCUACGGAGACCUAACACUGCGACCUGGUGCCUGCCUUUCCGCCAGGCGACCUCGUGUGCGGGGUGCCACCUCGCCUCAGAGGACAGGAGGGGAGGCUGGCGAAGAAAGUGGAUCCAGGCUCCUAUCCAGGACCUCCCCAGCCCUGCCUCAGGCCCUUCCACUCUGUCUUCCCAAAACUUCUGCACUGUCUGGAGGCUGCUCGCUGCCCACACUGUCACUUGCCUCUGUGAGGGUCAUUGUGCACAUGUGUGUGUGUGUGUGUGUCUGCAUGUGUCUGUUUGCAUGUGUGAGUGUGUGAACAGUGACGAGCACUCUCGGUCCACACUGCCAGCUGCUACCACCCCCUUUCCCUUUGCCCAGCGCUCCAAGUGAGGGCUUUCCUGUCAGCAUCUGCAGUGCUGUGCAGCCAGAAGCAGCCCUUGUCUGUGAACACGCACUGAGAACUUGGGCAGUGGCUGAAGGCAGCCACCCCCAGAGCACAGGUGGCCAUGGCAGGGCAGCAGGUGGCCAGACUCCCUCUGAGAUGGCUUCGGGGGCCUUGGAAGAUGUGGCGGUCAGUGUUCUGACCAUUGCCUAGACUUAAUGACUGCCCCAGGAUUGGGCUUCCUGCUGCCUCAAGUCAGGUCCCCUUGGAGCCCAUCAUGUCCCCAGGUUCUGUGUGGUAUUUGUUCUCUCUGGCACCCACUGCAUUUUAGUUCCAUGGGGAGCACUACCAAUUCAGCCAAAGCUGUAUGCUCUGAAUGCCCUGCCUUUCUCUUCCCUCCAGCUUCACUGACUCCCAACCACUUUCUGUCUCUCUCUGCCAGGGGCCCUUCCAAAGGCUUGCUCGCACUUUUAGGUUUGGGGAAGAAAGAACAUUUAUUAGGCAUUGUAGCAGUUUGCAUUUAAAGAUACAAUUUUAAAUGUGCACUUAUUGAGCACCUUUGUGUAUGCUGUGGAUUUGAUAUUUGAUCUCAGCUACCUCAUUAAAUGUUUUUUGAAAAGGC